AUAGCUUGAUACCGUGUUUCCUAUGGAAAGUUGACAAGUUGACACUAUUAUAAACAAAUGGCGAUUAGUUACCUCAAUUUCAAAAUAUUCAUUCAGUAAUAACACAAUAUUCAGUUUUGCAAAUUUAACAUGCUUCUAGGGAUUACACUGCUAUAUCGACCAAAAAUGUUAAAACUACUUCGUGAAUUCAAAGUUCAUAAAUGACCAAUAAUUUGUUUGGUGAUCUCUAUAUGAUUUUGAAAAAUAUGUAAUAAAAUGGCCUCUAAUUCAUACAGGGUAGAAUGGGUAGAAAUAAUAGAGCCCAAAACUGGGGAACAUAUGUAUGCCAAUUUAGCAACUGGAGAAUGUGUGUGGGACCCACCUGAAGGAGUACCGGUCAAGCGUACAGAUUCUAAUCAAUGGUGGGAGCUUUUUGAUCAAAAUACUGCCAGGUUUUAUUACUAUAAUGCUACCACACAACGCACAGUGUGGCAUAAACCUAAUAACUGUGACAUAAUCCCGUUGGCUAAACUGCAGACACUGAAACAUAACACAGAUUGUACCCCGGCUCAAACAAGUAAUCAGUCAACACAGACAGGCAAGGGACAGAUGCUGAGCCUCUCGGCAAGCACCCCUCAAUUGAGAAGAAAAUCAAGUGACCUGUGCAGAAGCAGUAGCUUUAGUCAACAUGGAGCUGAAGCACCUCUUUAUUCCAACUGGCAUGAUUCCCAUCUUUUACCACUCGAGCACUUCUUGUUGAACAAUAGCAGGGAUUCCGACAGUGAACAUUCUGACAGCGGUAGCGAAUCUCUUACAGGUCACGAGCCUGACAAUGAGGAUUCUGACCAAUCUGAAGGCAGCUAUUUACCUCAUCGUUUAUCUCAUCGCCCUGUAGAAUAUUUGAAUCUCCCGACAGCCUCAACAGAACCUAGAAACAGAGAACCUGAUACCAAAGAAAGUAGACUUCCGACACCAGCUUUGAAACCAUCUGCUGAGCCACCUUUGCAACCAGAACGAGAGGCAGAUAUGGAGAAGUUUGCUGCUGACAAUUUGAAUCUCGGAGGAAGAGGUCUGUUCAGAAGAAAAGCAAGUGUUCGGGACUUAUUGAGCUGGUCAGAAAGAAGUCUCCAGAGACCCUUGCUGGCGUCUAGCAAACCAGUGGCUCGGCAAGCUUUGGAGAUGUUCAGACAGGUGCAGAUGUACAUGGGCGAUCGGAAAGCUAGGCCGGGAACCUCCCUGAAUUCCCUGGUUAUGGAUAUAUUGGGAACAGCGCACGCACAGCCACUUCUCAGAGAUGAACUUUUUGUGCAGUUAUGCAGACAAACCACCGAGAAUCCAAGACGUGAAUCUUUAUUGAGAGGUUGGGAACUUCUGACAAUCGCACUGGCUUUUGUGCCUCCUAGUCCUGUCUUUCAACCGGCCUUGCUUGGGUACCUGAAUCGGCACAGGGAUCCUUCUUUCUCUAGGGUUUUUCCUGACGUUAACAGAUGGCCCAUUCAUGUACAGGUUAACCAUUAUGCGACAGUUGCUUGUCAGAGACUGGAAAGAAUUGGUGCUGGUGGAAAAAGAUCUGCUAGAAGACCUCAGGUAGACGAUGUUGAAUCUGCCAGAAAGCAAAUUUUCCAGGCAAGUUUGUUUGGUAAUACUUUAAGGGAAGUUCUGCAACUUCAAGCUAGCCGCUGGCCCAAUAGGAGGCUUCCUUGGCCCCAGGUGGAGCUUUCUCAACAAGUACUUCGACUGCAAGGAUUGAGCACCGAAGGCAUAUUCCGUGUCUCAGCUGAUGUUGACGAAGUAAACAGGCUGAAAGCCCAGAUGGACCGAUGGGAAUUAUGCGAGCCUAGUGACGCUCACGUCCCAGCCAAUUUGCUGAAACUCUGGCUGAGAGAAUUGUACGAACCUCUCAUACCAGAUUCUCUUUAUCCAGAGUGCGUUGCUGAACCGAUGACCCCACGCAGAGCUUGUGAUCUAGUAUUACGUUUACCGACAUUGCAUAGAUUAGUAUUGUGUUAUCUGAUAAGGUUCCUUCAGACCUUCAACAAACCGGAUGUUAUACAGCACACAAAAAUGGACGCUUCCAAUUUAGCAAUGGUUUUCGCUCCAAACUGUCUGCGAUGUAUGGCAAGUGAUCCACGCACCAUGUUCGAUAAUGCAAGGAAAGAAAUGACAUUUAUGAGAUAUCUGAUUCAAGAACUUGAUACCGAGUGUGUGAGAGAUAUGAUGUGACCUCUACUUGUAUAUAAAGUAUUUAUAAUGAAGCAGUUACAUUUUGUAUAAUGCAAUAGAGUUCUAGGUUUUAUUGAUCAAAUAAGGGUUGGAACUAUACGUUGACUUUUUUUUACAACACGUUUAACGAAUUAAGAGCAGAUUUUAGCCAAAUUCUUCUGAUUCAAGUAGUCCAUUGAUAUAUCCAACCGUAAAUUAUGACAUUUUGCCGAAAUGAGAAAAUACUCCCAAUUCGUGGGUAAAUAUUGUUGCCAAUGUUGUUUACUACUUGUUGCCUAAGUGCCAACGAUUUGCACACAAUUUUCGAAUUGACGAAAAAGCUUGCAGGUUUUUUUCAAAUAAUGUUGAUGUAGGAGGAAUUUUUAACAAUUCACUGGGCUUUUGUUCAUAUUGAACUGAUAUAGAAUAUUCACUUCACAAGUAUUUCCAGCAAUAUCCUGAAUUGAAAUGAACUAAGUGCUUAGAAUAAAUUCUCACAUGUUUUAUUUGGGGAGAAUCAACCACUCUCAUUUGUACCAAGCAGAGUGGCUGUUAAGGUUCAUUAAUCUUGUAUCAAAUCGAAUGAAUUUUUUGAAAUUCAAAUAACAUUUCGAUGAGCUUCUGAAGAAUUUUUCCAACAAAUAUGAAAUAGGGAAGUAAAAUGUGUCUUAUUCAUUUUAUUAUUAUUUGAAUCAUUAGAAUGCUGGGUGUUUCAAAGAGUCUUUGGUGGGAAAAUAAGCUAGCAUAUGUCCUAACCUAGUGUGCUUAAUCAUAUAUGGGAAACAUUGUUGAGUCAUUGAAACAUUUUUAGAAAGUCAGUACAUAUACUAACUAUUCAAAAUAUCACAUUUAAAUUCAAAUGUGUAAAUCGAAGAGAUAUGGUUUAUUCAACAACAGUCAUGUUUAAUGACUGAUAAAAAAAAAUUGACAAACAAAAAUGCUACUUCACGAUUACAUAGCCGAUCUGAAAUUAUUUAAUACGAAAUUUUUUGUCUGUAAUCUUUUGUGAGGAUUUUUCUCAAUUUUCCCACUUUCUAUUAUAAGCUCACAAAUUUUUUUCGCCCAAAUUCCUAUUGUUUUUAUGACUACAUAUCAUAGCAAAUUUUCAAGAAGUAUUUGUUUCAUAAUUUUAUUCAUUUUUGUUAUUAUAUUUAUUACGAUUUUUCUAUACUGCUACGGAUAUCAUUUAUUCUACUUUUUUAUUGACUAUAUUGAAUAUUUUUCACGAUUAUAAAGACUUGAAUGAAACAGACAAUAUAUUUGCUUUUCAUUCUAAUAAUAUUGAUUUGUACUAUAAUUUGUAUAUUUUCAAAAUAAAUUCUUCGGAUUUUUAUUCAAUAAUACAAAAGAAGACUCUUUUUUGAGUAUUAAGGAAAAAAAGAUUAACUAGUCCUAGUUAUUACUUAUAGAAAAGAAUUAACUGUCAAUAUUUUUAGGUUUGUAUCUUGUUUUAAUUAUGAAUAAAUCUACAAAGAAAUUUUAA